UCGAUGCGUGGAUCCAUUCGUGGAUUUCCACAAUCCACAACUAAAAAGAAGAAGAAGAAGAAUCGAUGCGGAGUUUCGUUGCAUUUUAUUCAGCGAGUUUCUUUUACAUUUAAAUAACGAAUGUUUGAGUGACUGUUUUACCUCCCACAAGAUACGUUUUUCCGAUGUCCCAGGCACUGGAAGAACGGGAAGCCAUCAUCCAGCGAUGCAUUCCAGAGCUGAUCAAAUCGCUGACCGGGUUCGAGGAAUCGGAGGAAAAUUUCGACCUAUGUCAGCAAUUCGCUCUGGCUACGGUUCGCAAUCAUCGCUUCCUGUCGGUCAAUAGUCACGAGAUACGCCGGAAAGCCGAUGGACUAAUGGAAAAUCUGCGCAUUUCGAACAUGGAACGUCAGGCGGAUCAGUUCCGGCAGCUGUACGAAGGUUUCACAACGGAUCCCAUCUGUGCGGAUCAUUACGUUCACGAUAUCCAGUGGGCGGUCAUGUUGUUUCUGAUGACGGUAGCCCGACAUCCUGUUCGGGCCCUGAAAGAUCGGCUUCGGCGGGGUUCUCCGGUGGCCAUGAUAGAGCCAUGUGAACAGGUUGUGGCUCCGUUGGCCGACGAUGAGAAGGAGGAAUUGUUGGCGGAGCUUAUAGAGGAAAAUAUUAAUAAUGAUGAGAAGGGACAGGAAGAUGACUCGGACCUUAGCGAAUGGUCCGACUCGGAGGAUGAUGAAGAAAAGAAAAAAAUUGUUCCGGUUGAACCGGAAGCUACUCCGAAAGAGGAGGGCAAAGAAAUUGUCAUCUAUACAAGGGUAGAGUCUCCCAAAAGAGAUUUAGGGUACGAACAAUUCGACGGAAGUUGUUCGGAGCAGUGGCUCAAAGAAAAUGUCCAGCCUCGUUGGUGGAACGACCCAAAGGCCAAAGCAGUCGUCAACAGUUCUCACGAAGGAGCAUCGUUCUGCGACUAUUGGAAUCAAACCAUCGUAAAAGCAUCGCACAGUUUUAUAAAACCGGAAACGGUUUCAACCAUUUCGGAGUACUGUUUGAUCCGUGAAAUCCUUUGGAUGUUGACAAAUCCAGUGAACUGUAAAUUUUUUCGGAUUGACGACGAUCAAGUUUGGAUCAAUUCGAAUGUUUCACUGUCCAGCACCACGGAAAGAGGACUGCAUUCAUUUCUACUCAACUUCACGGAACACAUCACCAUAGUCUACCGGCUCAGAAAUUUUUGUUUUCGAGUUUCCGAAGGAACCAGUAAACCAAUCCCAGCCCCAUACAGUUUCGAGUGUUAUGCUUCGGGAGUACGUGAUUUUAUCAACCAUUUGGAAGCAGCUGUCGUUGAGCUAGAGUCCAAAGUAAUGGCACAGAAACCAGACAGAAUAUUUACAAUCAUAACGCUCCAUCAAGAGUUGGAACCGCUCUUUGAAAUGUUAAAGAAUCUCAACGACAUACAUCGAUAUUCGGUACUAGAUUGGACUAAAUUUCCGGCCCAUAUAGCCGUAGCCCAUCUCCUUUCAGGUCUCUUCAGAAGCGUUAAGCUCAGUGGUAAUCUCCUGAAAACAAAUCUAGCCUUCUCUCUACUAUUAUCAACUCUCAAAGGCUACAUGGACAUCAUUGACGUCUGGUGGACAGAGGGACGCCUAGAAGAUUGGCGCGAAGAAUUCCUGGUGGAGCGAACCUUCCCAGAAACGGAAGAAACCGCCCAAACCCAGGGCUAUCGGGCCCGGUUGUUUUCCAAAUGUAAAAAACGACUGUUCCACGUUAGUGCCGCCAUAUCGGAAGUCAUCGAAAACGAUGCCAUCAUUCGGUUGCUGAUGCAUCAUUCGUUGGAGGCGGGAUACACGUUGCACAUUUUGAAUGGGCUGGAUCGAAUCGGUGAUUUGAGAAGUUGUGGAUGGCAUCCGGACCCAAUUGAAGGAGGUGGUUGUUAUUUGGGUUUCGUUGAAUCGAUUAUUGGCGUGGUAGAAGGUUUCCGUACGGCUAAGCCACAGGAAGAAGCUUCCGGUGGAGACGUUGUACAGCUGGAACAGUUGCAUGUCGAACAGCUGGCAAAGGAAACCGCCGCCACGUCCAAGCUGCAGAACCUGCGGAACCAAAUCAAGGAAAUCUGCGACGACGAGCUGCUCAUGAUGGCCCUGGACAGUUCCCUACGGUUGGCGUGCGCGGACGAAGACGAAGAGCUGCGGCUGCCACCAGAACCGGACGAGCGCUGUUUGACCAAUGCCCAUAGCAUCUACGCCCGGUUGAAUUCGAUUUCACGGCAGUUGAUGUUGCCGCUGGAAAAUAUCCUUUUUGAAGCGAUCAAGCAGUUGAUGGAAACGAAACGGCGAGCGGCGAACCAUUUCGUGACUACGAUUUAUAAGGAGGAAUUUUUAGUCAUGAACCACUUGAAGAACAUUAGGAAGGUGUUGCUUUUGGAGGCGAGCGAUUUGAUGUACUAUUUCUACAGCGAUUUGUUUAAAAGAAUUGAAGCUGGCGAGCACUGGGCCAAUCCGUAUCUGUUGACUAUUCAGUUGAACGACAUUUUGGCUUCGCGGUUUACCGAUAUGACUUCGCUUUUUACAGUUGAGAUUGUGAACGAUGGAAAUGCGGAGUCGUCGACUUCGGUUUUGGAUGCCAUCGAUAGAUUGAGCAUUUCGUACAGUCCUAGCAACGAUUUGAGCAACAUGAUCAACGAGUUUACGAUGACGAAUUACAAUUGCGUGUUCCGGUUUUUGCUGAAAGUGAAAUGGGCUCUUAUAACGCUGCAAUCGCUUCGGUUUCCUGAAUGUUAUAAGAGACGAGCACCUUACGAGGAACCUUGUGUUCUGGAUCUGAACCUGAGACGACUGUCGAUGUUAAAAUUUUGGAUGAUCUUCACCGUCCAGUGUGUCCAUUCGCAUCUCAUGACCCACGUGCUGCAAUCAUUAGGGAUGCAACUGGAUGAACGUCUCGAAGCAGCCGAUAACCUCAACGAAAUGAUUGCCGUCCAUCAGUCGUAUAUUAGCACAAUUCACGAACAUUGCUUCCAGAAGGACGACGAGAGCAAACUGUUUCGGGAGGGCGUCAUACGGUUGCUAAAUUUGGUGCACAUCGUACGCGAUGAAUGGAACAGCAACGUCAUGUACACGGAAAUGGACGCCCGGGGAGAUAUCGAAGAUAACAGUAUGAUCGGCGAUUUCAUCAGCAACGCUCAGGUGGGAACGCUGGAACAAACGUACUGCAAAUGCCACCAGCAGCUGGCCGAGUUGCUGAAUCGGGAAGUUUACGCCAAGCACAAAGUGCACCUGGCAGCUUUGGCCGACGCUUUUAGCUACAAUGUUCCUUACUAAUCCAGAAAAAUCCAGGAAGAUAUUAUGCAAGCAAAGUGUAAUUUAUUUCAAUUAUCAAUCGCCUGUAGUAAUCAUCAGCACUUAAAUUGUUUUUGUUUGUUUAUACAUAUUAAA